AUGGUCAACAAGAUUCUCCUCGCCACGGCUGUCGCCGAUAUCCUCUUUCUAAUCACGGGUGCCGCUCAGCUUGCGUUCGCGCUGAUCGUGAAGAAUGUUAUGAACGAGGAGUCUGUUGAAGGCAUGCAGGCUGCCCGAAACCUGCUCUAUCAGAGCUGGUUGAAGCUGUCCGGAAUCCUCAUCACCGUUUGCGGCCUCUUCACGCUCUGCAUCGCUCAGCCACCUGCGGUCCAGGAUUUGAUGCAAACUGCUUUCGAGUGCUGUGGCUACUUCAACAGCACCUCCCCGGCCUUUGUUACGAAUCCCAGCUGUCCCAGCCCCGCAGCUGCCGCUCUCAUGCGUGGGUGCUCUGCGCCUGUUGGCUCUUUUGCCAACAUCUUCAUCGAUGAUGUCUUUACUGCCGUCUUUGGCAUGGUUGGUGUUGACGCCCUCCUAAUCUUGUGCAUUGCCUGCCUCCUAAAGGACCGCAAGGAGCGAGAACGAUACCGACACAUCGAUGAGAAGACCGGCUAUACUGGUAUCUAA